GUUUGACGUUUAGUCGCAUAAUCCAAUUUGUCAAAAGGGUCAAAAAAUAAAAUUCUAACUUGUCUGAAAGUGGUCUGAAACAACUUGAAUCCAUGCGAUUGUGACUCUGAUUUAGGCUUUUUGCUGUUUGUAGAUUUAUUUUAUGUGUCUAAAUCAAUAUGUUAAUAAUGGAUGUGUUUUUAGUGCAUUGUUCUAGCGGGAAAGUGUAGAUGCCAUGAUGCGUAAUUGGAUCACAUCAAGUAAUGCUAUCAAAGCAUUAUUAAUAUAAAUUUUAAACAUAGUUUCAAACAUCAAUAAUCAUUCAAUAUGAUGACAUCCGAAGAAUCAGAUUGGCUAAGUACUGUUCCAUCUGAUGGCCAUCCAGAAGAUGUAUCAGCUUCAGGGACAGAAGAGGCGCCGUCGUCUAUGGUCUCCAGUGAGGCGGAGUCAGAAGGCAGCGUGCUAUCUGAACACCGGCAUGACGUAGUGGACGGUCACGCACCGAACAGCGAUACGAGCUCUGAAUUGGGCCCGCACUCGCAGGAUAAAACAUUGGCGCCGUCUAUUGACAUCCGGAACACGGGCAAUAGUAUAGCUUCGUAUAUUUCUAGUAGAGGUUCAAUGUUACCAUGGGGCCAGUACAAGGGGCCGACGUUGGCGCCUCCGGACUCCGACCUGAGGCCGGGCGAGUUCGUCAUGAGGCUCCUCUUCACAGAGUUUACAGUGCAGGCCGAGAGAAAGAUGGAGGCUGUUAUGUCCGAACCAUUGGAAAAGCCGCUUAACAAGACAUUGCAACGGGGCGAAGAUCCCCAACUGGAUCAGAUCCUCUCAGCCUUUGGCACGGUCGCUGAGCACUGUCUACCCUCCCUGCUGCGGGCGCUCUUCGGUUGGCUGGAACGGCAAAUGGCUGACUCGCCACAACUGAGCGAACAGGCGAAGAAACCGCAACAAGAUCUGAGGAAUAAAAGCAUCAUCUACAUAGUGUCAGGCAGUGGUGCUGGCACAGAGCAAGUGGAGAGGAGCUGCGAAGAGCUACACGCGGAGAGAAGAGAUCUUGCAGUGGAGUUCCUAUUCUGCUUGGCCCUGAUUGAGGUCCUGAAACAGUUGCCUUUCCACCCUGGGCACGAGGACCUCGUGCAGUACAUUGAGAAUGUCGCUUUCAAACGCUUCAAUUAUAAAGAGGGCCUACAAUCGAACCCGAACGCAGCUAACGUGCACAUCAUCGCUGAUCUAUACGCAGAAGUUAUUGGAGUCCUCGCGCAAUCGCGUUUCGCCUCUGUGCGCAAACGUUUCACCGCCGAACUUAAGGAACUAAAGAGCCGUGAGCCAUCUCCGCACGCCACUCAGUCCAUUAUAUCGCUGCUAAUGGGAAUGAAGUUCUUCCGAGUCAAGAUGGUCCCCAUAGAGGAGUUCGAGGCCUCCUUCCAGUUCCUCACAGAGUGUGCCCAAUACUUCCUCGAAGUGAAGGACAAGGAUAUAAGACACGCUUUGGCAGGACUGUUUGUGGAAAUAUUGGUGCCUGUGGCUGCGACGGUAAAGAACGAGGUGAACGUGCCGUGCCUCAAGAACUUCGUCGAGAUGCUGUACAGCCACACGCUGGACGCGAGCACCAAGUCGAAGCACCGGCUCGCGCUGUUCCCGCUCGUCACAUGCCUGCUCUGCGUCUCGCAGAAGCAGUUCUUCCUGGCCAACUGGCACUGCUUUCUCGCUAUGUGUCUGUCGCAUCUGAAGAAUAGGGACCCGAAGAUGUGUCGAGUCGCGUUGGAAUCACUAUACCGCUUACUCUGGGUGUACAUGAUCAGGAUAAAAUGCGAAAGCAAUUCCGCGACGCAAUCUCGCUUACAGAGCAUCGUCAACUCGCUCUUCCCGAAGGGCUCCAAGGGCGUGGUACCACGAGACACACCGCUGAAUAUUUUCGUUAAAAUCAUACAAUUUAUAGCGCAAGAGAGACUGGAUUUUGCUAUGCGCGAAAUAGUUUUCGACUUGCUUAUGGUGGGGCGGCCUAUUAAGAUAAUAUUAACACCGGAGAGGAUGUCGAUUGGUCUACGUGCAUUUCUCGUAGUGGCCGAUAGUCUCCAGCAGAAGGAAGGGGAACCACCCAUGCCCAGAACAUCGGGGACAUUACCAUCCGGCAAUACGCUACGUGUGAAGAAAACUUUCCUGAACAAAAUGUUGACGGACGAAACGGCGCAGUCGAUUGGAAUGAGCGCAUACUUUCCAUAUGUACGGAGGGUGCUGGUUGAGAUAUUGAGGGCGUUGGAUGCGCACUACGGGAGGCCGUUGAUGUUGACUAACACGCAGAAUGUGACCAAGGAGCAAGAGAUUAAUACGGGAGAAAGAAAGCCGCGGAUUGAUUUGUUUAGGACAUGUGUUGCUGCUAUACCAAGGUUAAUUCCGGAAGGCAUGAGUCCAAGUGAGCUGGUGGACCUCCUAUGUCGCCUCACUGUUCACAUGGAUGAAGAACUUCGUGGCCUCUCCUUCCAAAGCCUCCAGACCCUUAUAGUGGACUUCCCGGAGUGGAGACAAGAUGUUCUGGCUGGAUUCACACAGUUCCUUGCUAAGGAAGUACAGGACACAUCACCACAACUGGUCGAGAAUGGUCUCCGCAUGUUGCUGCAACUGAUCACCAGUUGGAAGAACGGUGAGCCGGCUUCAUCAGCGCCCCCAAAGCUGGAGCCGUUAGCGUCAGUCAUACGAGGUGCGGAGGCUUUGGGUCUGGUGAUGCUUUGCCAGUGCAAAGCGUAUCCGAGAAGAUUGGCUGUUCAUAUCUUGAGAGAGAGCAAGUGCCUGCUGGAGCGGCUGCAGCUGACCGGCGAGGAGCCAGCGCUGAUAGACGCUGCGGACACGCACGUGGCGCACUUCGCCGAGCGCUGCGCUGGCCUGUUGCCACCCACUGAGAAGCAGGCGCUGCUGGCCGCCGGCCAGCCGGACCUCGUGUGGCUGGUCGAACGGACGCACCCCGUCUGGACUGCUGGCCUACAACACGAUGAAACCUCGUCCAAAAAUAGUUGGAGCGGCAGUUCGACGAACGGCGCUGAUCCUUGGGAAGUGAUACUGUUCGGCCUCUUGGAAAAGAACCGGGUACCGGCCAAAUGUCCCACCACAGUGCUGCAGGCCUGGCCCAUACUUCACGCCAGGAUACACGCCUUGUACACUAUUAUUGAACCAGCACCAGUGAACGACAACCGAGCGUCGCUCCUCUCGCGAGGACCGGCUCUGCCACGCAAACCGGAAAAGGAGAGAGACGGCUACAUGCAAGUGUGGAAGUACUAUCUCACCAUGGCAUACCUCGUGGUACCGGCUGUGCCCAGCCCGGUGGUGAGGUGUGCUAGCCCGGACUUGAGCCUCAGCACGGAGGGCGAGGGCUGGCUCGGCACUCAGCUGACCUCCUCAACGGAGAGCCUCAACGCGCCGGUCGGUUUCUUCACGCUGCCGUUGAGCUAUGCGCGCGCGCACAGGCACCACAAGCGGACGAGUUCGUCACCGGACUCGUUGAGCGAGCGAAGCGGGGGCGAAGCGCGCGGGGCGCAGGCGACGCCGGGCUCGCUGCACAAGCUCGCGGUGCCGCUCGCCCGGUGCGAGGUGUCGGAGGUGCGGGACGCCGCCGUAGCCGCCUGCGGGCAUAUCAACCCGGAUGCGCUCAAAGACCUAUUCGAAGAGCUAGUCCCACUUCUACGCGAAGCGGUCGACCGGAAGCAAGAGAACAUGCGGCGGCGCAGGCGCAGGGACGCGUUGCGCUUGCACCUCAACAAGAUGCUGUUGAUAAUCGCACAGCGGAAGACUUUCGCUAUCAGUCCCUUUGCGCUAGAAGGCGGAGGUCUCCACCCAGCCCUCACGGAGUACCUGGAGGGUGUCCGCCAGAGUCUGGAGGUGGAAGCGGAGAAGGAUGCACCAGCUGCUCGGGAGCAGAGGCUUACCUUUGCCGAUUUUGUGACCGAACUGAUUAAGAGCUUCCCUCUGGAAAUGUACGGCACGCUGGUGAAACGCGAGCUGUGCAAGUCGCUGUUCUCGCUUUUCGCGGGCUGGUGCGGCCCGCUGGGCAAGCACCUCGGCGCGCUGGUGCCGCAACCGCCGGCGCCGGAGCUGGAUGAGCGUCUCAAUGUGGCCGCGCUUAAGGCUAUGAGUGCGCUGGUGUGUUGUGGGCCGUGUUUCGCGCCAAAUGCUCUGGCCGAGGAUGGCUCUCUAUACCCUUGGCUGAGCGAAAUGCUUUCAUCUACUAAUGAUAAGAUAUACGAGCUGGCCCGGGAAACGAUAGUUCUCCUCCUGGACUGUAACCCGGACAUCGGGCCGUUGCUGGACUGGACCGUGGACAAGUGUUUCACGGGCCCGCCGCGCGUUGCCGACGGUUGUUUCAUGGCACUUGCCACUAUAUUUAGCGCGCGCGAGUACCCGUGCGACCACUACACGGCGAUCAUCAACGUGACGCUCAUGUGCACGGGCUGCCCGCGCGCGCCGGUGCACGAGAGCGCGCUGCAGCUGCUGCAGCUGCUGGACAAGCGGUUCUUCGGCGCCGUCGGCCCGCUGCCCACCGACGACGACGCUUCGGAGAAGGGUCGCGGCACCCUGGACGUACUGCUAUGCACAACCUACUGCCGCUCGCAAUUGUACCUCUCCCGCCAGCUGUCGCAGUUGCAUCCAGAACUUACCAUGCCCAUGUUCUCAGAGAUCACGGCCCGCUUCCAAACGGCGCGCACCGAGGUGCGGCAGCUGCUGCUCCAGUACCUGCUGCCGUGGCUCGUCAACAUCGAGCUGCUCGACCCCAACGUGCCGCCGGCCAACCCACUCUCCUAUAUACAGUACUACGGCGCGGAGGGCGGGCGCGGCGCGAGGCGGGAGGGGCUCGGCUCCGUGGAGGCCACCGAGAUGGUGCUGAACAACCUGUUCUACAUCACGGUUAAGUUUUCUGACCAGCACCCGAAGGAGAUAGAGGAGCUGUGGUCGACGCUAUGCGCGUGCUGGCCCAACAACCUCAAGGUCAUCAUACGCUACCUCAUCAUCGUGUCCGGGAUGGCGCCUAAUGAACUAUUACCAUAUGCCAAACGAGUGGUGCUGUACUUGGCUCGCUCUCGUCCCGAGCGGCUCUUGGACGAGAUGAUGACGGAGCUGCAAACCGUGGAGACGCUCAACUGCCUGAUAGAGAGGACGGAGACGCCGCCGUUCUACCGGCUCACCUCCAUGCGGAAGGCCACCUCGGGACACAGCGACCCGGGCACUGGAUCGCAGGACGCAACCGGACGGACAUGUGACCUCGCGCCCGUGGAGAAAGGCACUAUUCACACCAAGCGCCACAGCGGCGAGGAUCCCGCUAAAGCUGCUAGCGUGAAGUCAGAACCGCUGGGGCGAGAUAAACGAGCGUCAGCGCCGCCGUGCCCGACGCCGCCCGCUGAUGAGGAACCUUCGCCGCCCUCUGAUGGUGACGCUACACCGACGGGCAUAUGCCCCGAGGUGGGCAUAUGCCUCAGCGGGCCGGCAACGCCGCAGGAGGCGCGCGUGGACGCGCCGCAACCGCGCCCGCUGCCGAUGCCCGAGUACGGCGGCUUCUUCGCGCUGCUCACCGAGUACUUGCCGGACACCAGCCAGCCGGUCUCCGGCUUUCAUAGAUGCAACGUAGCGGUGAUGUUGCUAUGCGACGUGGUGCUGGAUGGGGUGGAGCUGGACUGGUCCAUCCACGUGCCGCUGAUGCUGCACAUCGUCUUCCUUGGCAUGGAUCAUACCAGAUGGCUGGUGCACCAGCACUGCCGGCAGCUGCUGCUGAACCUGCUGGUGGCGGUGGCGGCGCACCACGACCACCUGACGGUCGCGCGGGUGCUGCUCGCCGCCCGCUCAGCGCACCUCGGCAUGCCGCUGCCGCCGCCGGCCUUGCCGCUCACGCCAAGGAACUUUACCGAACCCGACGCCGUGUUCGAUACCCACACGCAGUGCGCCCACUCGCCGCGCACGCACGUACGCUCGCUGUCCUCUGAUCCCCAAGUGACCCCAGAAGCGGAGGGUGACACGUACCCAUCGUUGCCUGUGAUCGUGACGAACGAGGAGGGCCGCGAGCCGGGAGCGGAGGAGCACGAGCGCGAGGCCGCCGAGCUGCCGGUGGCGGACGCGAUCAAGAGCCUGGUGCACUUCCUGGCGAGCCGGCCCUCGCACAUGCCGCUGUGGCAGUACGAGGACAUCACGGCCAAGGUAUGGUCGCUGCGCAGCUGCCAGCAGAUGGCGGCGCUGCUGAGCCACGUGCUGCGCAUCUUCCGCGAGUCGCUGCCGCACGCGCUGAUCUCGGAGCGCUGGGCGCAGACCGCGCUGCAGCUCGGCUUGUCCUGCCCGUCGAGGCAUUACGCGGGACGCUCGUUGCAGGUGUUCCGUUUCAUCGGCGUCGCUAUGACUGGCCGCAUGGUGUCCGACAUCCUGUCAAGAUUGGUGGAAACUGUGGCUGAACAAGGAGAAGACAUGCAGGGCUACGUCACAGAACUGCUCCUCACCCUGGAGGCGGCGGUGGACUCGCUCGAGUCUAACUUCAGGCCCCUGGACUAUAUGCGCGACAUAUUCAAGAGCACCCCCAAUUUGAACAAUAAAGAGGGUCAGCAGCCGAACGGAAAUGUGUAUAGCGCUGGCAAACGGUCUCCUGGUGUGUGUGUGGGCUGCGUGAACAACCACACGCGCAGCACGAGCUACUCGGUGUCGUACUGCGUGCGCAAGAGCAACGCGCCGCCCUCCGGACACUCGGACAAACAGUCGCACGAAAGCCGCACCCGGCCGUGCAGUGAGGCCGCGAAGGGCGGGUGUUCGAACCUGUGCCGCUCGCGAUCGGCGCAGUCUCUCAAACUGCUCGGCGAUACCGCCACACAGGACGACAAGCUGACGAUACUGGCGACGGUGUUCUGGGUGGGCGCGUCGGUGCUGGAGUCGGACUACGAACACGAGUUCCUGCUGGGCGUGCGGCUGCUGGCGCGCGUGAUGGCGCGCCUGCCGCUCGACCGGCCGGACGCGCGCGAGCGACUCGACCGCACGCAGGUGCACGCGCCGCACCCGCCCACCUCGCUGCACGCGCUCUUGCUCAAGGGCUGCACGCACCCGAAUACGUACGAGCCGGUAGUGGGCGUGCUCGUGGACAUGAUCCCACUGCUGGAGCUGCCGGUGAUCGACCCGACGCAGUCGCUCGCGUUCCCAAUGACCGUGGUGGCGCUGUUGCCCUACAUGCUGCUGCACUACGAGGACGCGAACGAGCUGUGCGUGAGAGCCGCUUGUCAUAUCGCACAGUUCACGGCCGAGAAGAGCAAGAAGUUGGAGAACCUCGGCACGGUGAUGACGCUGUACUCCCGGAGGACGUUCAGCAAGGAGAGCUUCCAGUGGACCAAGUGCGUGGUCAAGUAUCUCUGGGAUACGUACUCGCACCUCUCGCUGCAGAUGCUGGCUUUCCUCGUCGAGGUGCUGGAGAAGGGUGCGGCCAACCUCCAGUUGCCGGUGCUGUCGAUCCUGCACUGCAUGCUGUACUACGUGGAGCUGAACGCGCCGGCCGCGCAGCCGGUCAACGCGGACCUGCUGCGGGCCGUCGCCAAGUUCAUUGACCAAGAGGGCAACAACUACAAGGAAGCUAUGAAGAUCUUAAAGUUGGUGGUAACUAGAUGCUCGACGCUAGUUGUACCACCGCACUGGGAACACGCAGCCUCUGCUCUGGACCCGCUUAUUCACAAAAAGGAAUUACCAGGUCGCACAAUGGACUUCACGUUUGACCUGUCCCAAACGCCGGUCAUCGGCCGCAAGUACCUGCCCAAGGGUGGGAGCCAACCGCCCACCGGACCCAGCUCGCUCUCCAACGCGUCCUCUACUACCCCUGAUAAAGGUUCGUCGACCGGCUCCGCGUCCACGGUGGUGGGAGCUGAAGCCGCUCAGCCAGCGGCUGCGGCGCCGCACAGCGCCGCGUCGCCGCGCCGCUCGCUGUCGCUGUCGCCGGCCGACGCGCUCGCCAGCGGCUGGAAGCGCCCCUGGAUGUCGCAGAGUCGAGUACGAGAAUGCCUCGUGAAUCUGUUAACGACGUGCGGCCAACGCGUGGGUCUGCCCAAGAGCCCGUCUGACGAUUUGUUAACCACUCUGUGCUCCAAGGUGAUAUUCAGCCAAAGUUCUGAGCUACUGGAACGAGAGUCGUCGAUGGCGUCGUCCCUAGAAGAGGUGUCGGGCACGCCGGGCAACGAGCCCUCCGGCGGGGCGCCGCCCACUGAUCACUUCGGAGUCUUCAAGGAUUUCGAUUUUUUGGAGUACGAGAGCGAAAGUAUUGAGGGAGAGAGCUCAGACAACUUUAACUGGGGUGUGCGUCGGCGCUUGCCGAGCGAGGAACGAGAGGACGGCAUAGCGCGAGAGAGAAGUGCGCCCGCGCAUGAGCUCGCCGAACGACAUCAACAUAGACCGGCUGGCCACGAGGACUCCUCCGACGAGGAAGGCGCGUGGGAGGAAUCAGGAGGGCGGGGGGAGGGUGACGGUGCGCACGAGCUAGCGCUCCGCCCGCGGGCACACUCGCUGUCUAGCGCGUCUAGUGGUGAGCCUGAUGGUGAACGUGGUGACAUCACACCGGUGCCGGGCGCUAUGCGUGACGCGUGGCGUUGCUCGGUGGCAGCGCUCCUACGUCACGCCACACAAUUGCCACCUAUGACGCUCGUCCACCGCCUCCAUACUGUCCUCAAGGAAGUGACCGCGAAGACGAUAUCGGUGUGCGGGUCGGGCGGCGGCGCGGGCGGCGGCGAGCUGGCGCUGGUGCUGGAGCGGCUCGCCGGCGAGGAGCCGCCGCUGCUGUGGGCGGGCGCCGCGGCCGCGGACUGCGCGCGCGUGCGCGACGCCGUGCGCUACGCGGCGCUCGAGAUCAACGAGCACCUCGAGACCUACUUCGACAGGCGCGAGCACGCGCUCGAGACCCUGGAGGUAUCCCGCAGUGCUGAGGAGACGGGCCGCUGCCUCUACAAGCUGAUCUUCCAGCUGCUUCUAUUGCUCGAGACCAACAACAAGAUGGUCGUCGCCGUCUACCACGCAGCGCUCGAUAACCGGGGUGUUGAGAUGAGCAGCGCAGUGGGCGUGGUGCGCGCGGCGCUGAGUGCGCACGCGGCGGACGCGUGGGCGGAGCACUCGCCUUCGCCCGCGCCGCACGACGACGCGCGCCUGCUGCAGCUGAUGCAGCGCCAAAGGUGGGGUCGGAUCGCCCUCUCUUACAAUCCGGUUUAUCGGCCGCCCCAUUAUGAAUGGGGCGCGGCGCUGGCUCUAGUGCGCGAGCGCAACGCGGAGCGCAUCCUGGAGCGCGGCGAGCUGCCGGAGGAUGACGUCACAAGCCUGCUGCACGUGUACUGCCGCGGGCUGGCGCAGGCGCACCCCGACAUGGUGGCCAUCACGCGUCCAGUGAACGAGUUGUCUCAGAACCUGUCCUUCAUGAUGGAGAGCCUCUACAAGGUGUCGGUGGCGCUCCAGCGGCAGGAGUUCGUGUGACGCCGGCGCAAAGCGCGCGUCAACUAACGUAUAUAACAUUACAUACAAAGAAAUCAUUGUUUUCGUAAAUAUUCCCCCCC